UGCUUUUCGAGAUUGUACAUAGUACAUGUACCUGCCUACCUAAGAUUUCGACGUCUUUUGCAUGGAAAAGCCAGACGCAAGAAACGCCAACAUCUCCAAAACCUCGGCCGACUACAGCAACAUCUCUGACCACCGAACAUAAUUCACACCUGGUGAUCAGCCAUCACUCCGACAGGCCUGUCGGCGUUGCACUCUUUAGCAUAUUUACGGUGCCAAGGUGAUACCGUUAAAUCUGCAUCUAUCAAUAAGCAACGUCUGUCAGCGAGUUGUUUAACUCGGACUGUCUCUUAGGAGUAGAUCGCACAUGACUCCCCUCGCUUUCGCGUCAUAACCUCCCUUGAGAAUGCCUGGCAAAAAUAACAAUCGACAGUCGGCCGCGCAGGGCCCCCAGCCUCCGACUCCCAAGGCUACAGCGAAAUAUACAAACAAGGAUGGAACCAAGUAUAUAUCGGUUCCCAAGUCUUCAGCUUCUACUCCUCCACCCCAGCCGUCACCUACGACAACCUCAUCCUCCAGAGGCGGUGCUCCGACCAAUAUCCCGACAGCUGCCGACAUGCCCCCUGCGCAGCCGGUAAAUCGCAAGAAGCAAAAGCGCCGAGCGAAGGCUGCCGCGAAGGCUGCAGCUGAACAAGCAGAGGCCGUAGCAAAUGGGCUCCCCAGCCCCGCAUCUACGAGUAGCGUGCCUUUACCUAUCGGAACAGAGUCGCAGAGAAAGGACGCGCAUUACUCCCGCAAUACCAUACCGAGCGAAAUCCCUCCCUCCGACAACCACACGCACAAUGGCGAGGACUGGGGAGAUGAGACCGAUAGUGACGAUGAGCACCCCGAAUCAACCAACGGUUCGGCGCAGAAGCCUUCUAAGAAGUCCAAGAAAAAGAAGAAGAAGGGCACGAUCGAGGAGCCCGUUAGCAAUAACCCCUCAGGCAUAUCUAAAGAGAAGAUAUGGAACACAUCAAACGAGCAGGAGCGAGAGCGUAUCAAGCAGUUCUGGCUGGGUUUGGGAGAGGAAGAACGAAAAUCCUUGGUCAAGGUUGAGAAAGACGCGGUGCUCAAGAAGAUGAAGGAACAGCAGAAGCACACAUGCAGCUGUUCUGUCUGCGGGCGCAAACGGACAGCAAUCGAAGAAGAAUUAGAGGGUCUCUACGACGCAUACUAUCAAGAGUUGGAAUCGUUCGCGAAUCAACCUCACAACCAUCCUAAUGCGCCCCCUAUGUUCGAACCUAAGAGAUUCGGACCUAUGAGCGGACUGCACCCCCCCGGAGCCCUUCCAUCUAGAUUUUCGAACCAUCACCCGUCUCAUGGUCGCAUAGUGGAACACGUGGACAACGACGAAGACGAGGAAGAUGAAGUAGAAGGGUAUAGUGAUGUAGAUGGUUUGGAUGACGAGGAUGAGGAUGAAGAUGAGCCUGAAGAGAUCCCUCGUGACCAAUAUCCUAAUGAUUUCUUUAAUUUUGGUCAAAGUCUCACUGUCAAAGGCGGCAUUCUUACUGUAGCAGACGACCUACUCAAGAACGACGGCAAGAAGUUCAUAGAAAUGAUGGAGCAGCUAGCCGAGCGAAGGAUGGCGCGCGAGGAAGAUGCCAAAGAUCACUACGCCGGUGCAUACGGCCACACUGUUAAUGGUGCUUCUCUGCCUAACCCUCACAACCACCCACCUCUCGAGGAUGACGAGUCAGAGGAGGACGAAGAGGAAGAGGAGGAGGAUAGUCAGGAUGAAGACUAUGAAGAGGAAGAGGACACCAUGACUGAGGAGCAACGUAUGGAAGAAGGCCGCCGAAUGUUUCAGAUAUUCGCCGCACGAAUGUUUGAGCAGAGAGUAUUGACCGCAUAUCGAGAAAAGGUCGCCAGGGAACGUCAGGAGAAGCUUCUUGAAGAACUCCAAGAAGAAGAAACGCAAGAAACCCAACGAAAGGCCAAGAAGGCAAAGGAAGCACAGAAACGCAAAGACAAGGCGGCCCAGAAGAAGCAAGCCCAGAUCGAGGAGAAGGCGAAACGCGAUGCUGCCAAAGCGGCAGAAGAUGCGGCUCGCUUAGCGGAAGAGGCAAGGAAGGUUGAGGAAGCCAGAUCCAAGGCAGAAGAAAGGCGGAAGAAGAAAGAUGCCCAGAAAAAAGCCGAGGAAGAGGAGCGAUUAAAAAAGGAGGUUGAGCGGCAGCGACGUGCUCAGGAGCAGAAGGAAAAGCAACUGGAGCAGGAACGCAAAGCUCGCGAAGCAAAAGAACGCGAGAAGAAGCUAAAGGAGGAACAGCGACGCAAGGAACAAGAGGCUCGGGAGCUUAAGGAACGCGAGACUCGAGAAAGGAGAGAGAAGCAUGAGAAGGAUAAGAGAGAAAAGGAGUUAAGAGCAGCUCAGGCAAAGGCUGACCGUGACGCCAAGGAAAGGUCUAAGCAGGAAGAAAAGGAGAAAGCGGCUGCUAAAACCGCAACUCCUAUAGCCCCUAUUCCAACUCAGCCUGCGAAGAAACAGCAUCCCGUUUCGAUUCCUGUGCUCCCUCACCAACCCCCGCCAAAUCACGCCUCGCCUCAAAUAGCAGUUGCAACUCCCGUUCUGCCCAAGGCUCCCACACCAAUGAAACCUCGCUCCGUAUCUCAUGAGGUAACGAGAUCAGCUUCUCAGGCUUCUCACUCUGCUUCCGGUCCAAGCCAGAAUGUGUCGCCGCUCACCCAAACUCCGCUACACACUAGCCCUGGUCCUAUUGGCCCGCCCAGAAAGGCUUCAUCUACCGGACCGGUAAAUAAUAUAGGAACUCCCGUCGCCCAUCCAGCAUCUCCUCUUCACAUAGGAGUCAGGAGCCCGCCUAGCGUCCACCAAGGGCCGUUCACGGGACUACCUAUGAGCCUCCAGGGUCCUCCCGGAAUACCACCUCCACAUAUGGCUCCAGGCUUCAACCGAAUGCACGAACCAAUAUUCCCCCCUCCUGGAAACUUGAACUUCCGUCCCGUAGGUAGCAUGCCGGCACCGCCAGGCUUUCCCGCUCCUAGCCCGAUGAGCAGUCGAUCUUUUCUAACUCAGCAUGUUCCCCCCGGGUUCCAUCACCCGGCAGAGCAGCCUCCGCCGAAUAUGUCUCACCAAGGUUUCUCCCCGGAGAGCGUAUCGGGGCGGCCGCAUUCGCACUCGCGACAAACAUCUGCUUCUUUUGACGCGAAUUCUCUAUCCGGCGGUCCAUCUCAACCAAUUAGCAGACCAGCACCAAUUGGUAGACCAGGAAGUGUAGUUCACGGGCAGAAAAGCCAUAACCUGUCAGCCGAUAUCGAUGAUGUGAGCAAUCAUCUCGGGAGCAGCGCCUUACUUGACGACACCGAUGUACCUUUAGAAACUGUAAACUCCCCUCGACGAGGCACCGCCGCUCCAGGUCGGAUUCCGUUCCCAAGCGCGCCAUUCAUGGACCCGUUCCUAGGCUCGCCACUCAACACUACAUGGGGUCCUCCAAACGUAUUUUCCCCACCGCCCGGCUUCGCCAACCCUAACCCUACAUGGCCGAUGAAUCCUUCGUUUGGUGCUCCUGCCUCUGGUAUGCGAACCUCUCAACCUCGACCUGUUGCUGUUCGUCAAAUGCUUGUGAAUGCAUGCAAAGAACUACAGGCUCUCGGAUCCAAUGCAAACGGAUAUGUCGACCUGCUUGCCAUUAAAGGUCGCGUGAAUAGUAUAAAUCCACCAGGACACGACCCCGUCUCUGAAGAGGAGUUGUUAGAUAUGUGCGAAACCGUAGGCAGUUCACAUAACGGCGGCGGAAGCUUUGAUGUGCGGAUAGGCGACGAUGGGAAAUUAUCUGUCCGCUUUGAAGCUGAUAGAGGAUCAGUUUCGGGGCGAAAUGUGCUGGGAGCUCCAGGCGAAAUCGGCAGUCCAAUUGUAGGAGUUAGUUCACCAAGUCGUGCGGGCCCCCCGACGUAGGAAUCGAUACGCUCGUUGAAAAUACUAUUGGAAUUAGGGAUAAAGUAAUUCUGUUACUGGCAGGGGUGGAUAAUGGGCCGACGUCGAGGCUAGGAAUUAUUUUGAGAUUCUCUUCUCCGCAUGGAACCGGAGCUAUUUCCGGCUCUUCGGAGCUCAUCGUGUACCUUUUGGGCCGCUACUGGGUGAGCAGUCGCAGCGCGUUUGUAACCAAUAGGUCGACUAUCCCUUGGGACGGUCGUCAGAGCACGUGGGAGUAGUCUAUGCCUUCAGAGAUGCGCGAGACGAAGUGGCUUUUUACACUUUCUCUCGCCCCCGAUUUUUAGGGCCGUUAAGCAGGUCAUUGUUAUGAAUGGGAAACCCCGUUGAGCAUCCGUACUAGAGCGCUAUUUGUUCAGUAUUAGCGAAAUUAAUAUUUUACAAGAGUGCGGCCAGAUGCUGGAUGAGUCGCAGAUGCAUAUUCUUGGGAAGUUAUAGACCCAUUUAAUUUAUAUGGUGAGCGCAAUUGUGAAUAGGGACCUUGAUAAGUCUUCUCCUUAUGGUUCCCGUUAUGUAAGUGUACUGUCGAUAUACGAAGUCAUAACCGAGAGCUUCAUUCAUAGCAGAUUAUAGCAGAUUACAAGAGAGCAGGUAUUAGCUACGAGAAAACAAACACAUCCGUUUGUAGCUUAACGG